AGGACAUUGAAGAUCUGGAUCAUUAUGACAUGAAGGAGGAAGAACCAGUCGAUGGUAAGAAGUCAGAGGAUGAAGGCAUUGAAAAAGAAAAUCUUGCCAUUUUGGAGAAGAUCCGAAAGAAUCAAAGGCAGGACCACCUUAAUGGUGCAGUGUCCGGAUCCGUACAAGCUUCUGAUCGUCUUAUGAAAGAGCUCAGGGAUAUAUACAGAUCACAGAGUUAUAAAACAGGAAUUUAUUCAGUGGAACUUGUAAAUGACAGCCUGUACGAGUGGCAUGUUAAGCUGCUUAAGGUUGACCCGGACAGCCCAUUACAUAGUGACCUUUUGGUCUUAAAAGAAAAGGAAGGUGUAGACUGCAUUUUACUGAAUUUUUCCUUUAAGGAUAAUUUUCCAUUUGACCCUCCUUUUGUGAGAGUGGUGUCUCCAGUACUCUCUGGAGGCUAUGUGCUGGGUGGAGGUGCCCUCUGUAUGGAGCUUCUUACUAAACAGGGCUGGAGCAGUGCCUAUUCAAUAGAAUCUGUUAUCAUGCAAAUCAAUGCUACCCUGGUAAAAGGAAAAGCACGUGUGCAAUUUGGAGCCAACAAGAAUCAGUAUAACCUUGCUCGAGCACAGCAAUCCUACAAAUCCCUAGUACAGAUCCACGAGAAGAAUGGCUGGUACACUCCUCCAAAAGAAGAUGGGUAA